GUCCCCCGCGAGGAAAAUACGCGAGUAAAUGCCGCAGCGCCGCUCUUAUUCCGGCGCAGGACGCGACACGCGGCUGCCGUGCCGCCUCGCCUACACACCCCCACCCCCACCCAAGCCUACGAGCGCACGCACCCUGGUACUAGUACUACCGCCGCUGAAGCCUAAGCAAAGCAGCAGACCGAGACCUCGGGAGCCGACGGGGUGGAGUACUGGAGGGGGAUGAGGAGGGCGCAGCAGGGGCAGGGGCCGGCGGCGGCGCUGCGCGUGGACGAGGCGUCGUCCGCGUCCACCUUCCGCGAGCUCGACGACGCCUUCCUACAGACACAAACCAAAAUCUGGCUUGGUGAAGUUCUACAUCUUAGGUUUGAUGAAGACAUUUUAGUUGCAGAUCUUCUUGCUGACGGAGAAUUGCUGUUUCAAGUUUCCAAAGUAAUAUGGAAAUGGUUACUGAAAAAGAACAGAGAACAAUUGAAGCAAUCAAAAGUGUUUAUUUAUGAGAGACUAUCCUUCGGCAAGAGCAAUGGAAAAUACAUGCCUUAUUCAAAAGUUGACUCCUUUCUAAAGAUAUGUCAAAUCCUUGGGUUAGCUGGGAUUGAUCUAUUCACCCCUUCUGAUGUGGUUGAGAAAAGAAAUGUUCGGAAAGUCUGUAUAUGUAUUCGUUCAGUAUCUAAAAGGUCCCACAUGAUGCGCCUAAAUGUGCCUGAUUUUGAUAUAGUCACUUACACAAUAUCCAUGCCCAACUAUAUUGUUGGAGGUAUCCGUAGAAGUCUGGAGCAACCACAAUACAGUUCAUCCGGUUCAAGUGGAUACAGUCCACGUGCCAAUUCUAAAGCAUUACAGCAGAAGAGAAUAUUUGGCAGACAGAACGACCAGCAUGGAGACAUGCAUUAUGACUCUGAUGAAGCAGAAAGCAGGCUGUCUGUUCUAGAACAUGAGGACUCAGUUGACGAAGACAAUUUUGCAGACAUGCUUUCGCAAUUAAGUGAUGUCACUAAGGAAGGAAGUGGAGGAUAUGGAGAAAGUGGACACGACAUGCAUGAAAAAAAAUCUUUAGCUGAAUCAGUGGGAUCGCUUAGCUUCAGCAUUAUGGAUUCUGAGUCCGUGGAUUCAACUCCUUUAGGUCAUAAUAAAGAAUCUUGCUGUUCUACUCAUUCUGCAACUGACCAAUGUUCAAGAACUAGAACCAGUAAAUGUUCCUUAAGCUCGGAAGAGUCGGACUCCAUCAACAGUCAUUUGGCAGUUGACAGUGUCAAUAAUGAUUUGGAGUUGGACUCUCCCCCUGUCGCAGAUUCAGAAAGGAUUUAUGAUGGACAUGUCCUGUCUCUAGAUCAUUCUAUUCAGGGAGAUGGGGAAAGAUUUGCUGGUAGUCCAAAAAAAGGAAGUGUUGACCUCCAAAAGGACACUGGCUCCAUCGAUCGACAUUGUGAUGCUCUUGCCUGUGAUAGGGAGUCCGUUUGUUCAAGUUGCGAAGUCCCCAUAUACGGAUUAAAUGGUGAGCUGUCAGACCUGAGCUCAGGAUUGACCCCAAGACAUACUGCAGGGGGCAAAUUGCCGAUAGUUUCUGAAGAUUCAACGAAUAAUAUAGAGCAAAGUAUGGAUAAAGCAAUCCCUGUUACUGGGAUGACAAAUGGUAGCUUGAGUCGAGAGCUGAAUCCUGAAUUCAGCACUGAGGAUGAUGCUGGAGAUAAACUGGUGAAAUCAGACGAUAUAGCUAAGAAUAGCAUCGCUCCUAAAAAGGCCGAGGGUGAUGCUCCCAAAUCAGGGAAAGGGCUGCUGAAGUCAGUUACUGGAGGAAUUACCCUUAUCGCCGCAGUGUUCCUCAUAUUCCAUCUCAGGAGAAGCAAGGAGAGAAGCUUCACGACAGUUAUACCAUCAUUUUCUGAAAAACCAAUUCAGAGCAACUCAAGGGCUGAGAACAUAGAGAAAGGAAAGGCUGCUGCAGUCUACCCAGGGGAAUGGCUUAAGGUUUAACAAGAUGUUCAUGCGACGCGCCCGCUUGCUGGAAGAGGAAGACAGCCUAUUGCUUGUAUAUAUAUGCUUAACGAAAUCUCGAUAACUUUUGUCAAGUGACCUGUUACGUUACAGUUCAUAUCCUGUCCUCUCCAUGUACAGAAUGAUACAGGUGAUUAAUUACUCUCUAGCAUAAUAAUCGCAUAACUUUUGUACAAUUGUAUAGGAGUUGCUUGAGAUCUUGCAAUGGGCAAUAUAAUGCGAUAGUGGCGCUUGCAUUUUUCUUUA